GAUUAAUUUCCCAAAAUUGCAAAAUCAAAUGUUAAGUCUUGACCACAAAUUAAGGAAGGAGUUAGGUUGAAGUCCACGUUGGCAGAGUAAAAGCGACAGCUCAGCAAACCUCCACCACAAAUUAAGUCUUACACCGGGCCCACUCCUCUUCCCCAAAUGCGAAAUGAAACCCAAAUGAAAUUCAAAUUCACCUCCGUCCAAUCAAACUCCAGUAUUUGAUCAGUCUUCCCAGCCACAACCAACUUCAGAUACGUUUCACACGUGUCGUCUCGCUCGCUCCCCUCCACUCCACUUCACAGAACCCACGUGACGUCACGUGCUCACCUUCCCUCCCAGUUUCAACCAAACCAAACCCAUUUCUGGUCUUCAAUCCCAAAUCUUUCUAAACCUCUGUUCAUUUGGUUUUUUUUUUUUGGUGAAUUUUUCGCUUCUGAUUCUGUGUCUUUUCUUGUUCGUCUUGUUUUUGUUGGACGUUUCCCAGCUUUAGAUCGGCGUUCUGUUUCCGGAGUUUGAUGCUUUCUGUUGCAGAUUUCGAGAUUUUCUUUCCUUAACUUUCUUUUCCGCUAAAUUCGGCGAUGUGCGGAUCAAUCUUCGAUCAGUUGUUGGAUUUGAAUUCUGGAUUAGAGAUUCUGUCAAGGUUUUUCAGCUAUGUUUGAUUGGAACGACGAAGAGCUUGCGAACAUAAUAUGGGAUGAGACUGCUGAUAGUGAUGAUCAUAUUGUGCCUUAUCCGGAGGCUAGUGAGAAUUAUUAUGACAAGAAAGAAUGGAAUCAAGACACAGCAUACACGAAGCUUGUGGAGCACAAGUCACCUGGGACUAAUGCUGAUGAUGCCCAUGGAAGAAAGCUGGAAAGCCUUCCUGUCAACGAAGAAGGAACCUCUGCCUCAAACCUCAGCAAUGAUCCAUUGGUUGACUUAUCCUUGUCCAAAACUUGUCAAAUUGACCAAGACGCCAAUGGUACUGAAGAAUCUCGUGAAUUAACUGAAAUUAGCAAAUAUAAUUCAUCAAGACAUGCUGUAACAACCAAAGGUGCACAAAUUUUUCAAAGUACUGAAGAAGGUGAAGAAGGUAAAGAACAGGGUGAUUUUGUUGACUAUGGAUGGGCUAAUAUUGGAAGUUUUGAUGAUCUAGAUAGAAUUUUCAGCAACGAUGACUCAAUAUUUGGCCAAGUAAGUCUCAGUGAUCCUGAUGAGCUAUGGUCUUCUUCUUUGAAAGAUGUGUCCAACAGCACAACAAAACUAUUCCCAACCAAGGAGUCACGGAAUUUGGAGUCAGGAGUGGACUCUGGUAAAGGCAAGAAUCCAGAGUAUUCGAGACUAAAUGAGCAAUUAUCUAUUCUUGGCAAUGAGCAAAACUUUGAUGCUAGAUUGCUUGGGUUGCAGACUAGAAGUGCAAUCUUAACUAAUGUGGAAGAAGAUGCCACUGGAGCAAUCGCAAAUGAUGGGACAGAUUUGGAGAAUGUGGAAAAGCCAGCUGCAGCCACCCUUCAUCAAAGAGCUGGCAAUAUCUUGACUGCCAAUGAGUUUUCAAAUAAGAUUGGUGGUAUGCAGAAAAGACUGUUGAAAUCUCGUAAAAGAACUGAAGGGAAAAGUGAGGAGAAGAUGUUUCAAGAUAUUCGUGGUAAUAACUGGCCUUCAUCAACGAGCCUAGCAAGUCACUUUGAUAACAAUUUAGCUCUACAACUGGGAACACCUUCACCUUCAGUUAUCACUAAACAUACUCAGCUUCAAGGACUUGAACCAUUGCAAUACCAGCAAGCUUCAAAUCCCUUGGUGCACCAACCAUUUUACGCAAUUGCUGCAAAUGCGUAUCCCGGCAUGCCUUUGCUGUCCCAAAUGCGUAUCAGUCAUGGUAUUUCCCCAGGUGGUGUGAGUCGUGUAGACAAACCAGCUGACAGCUUUGUGAAGUCUCUUACCAUGACCCCUCAAGAAAAAAUCGAAAAACUGAGGAGAAGGCAGCAAAUGCAGGCAAUGCUUGCCAUUAAAAAACAACAGCAACAGUUCAAGAAUCAAGCCUCUAUUGCUAGUCAAUCCAUUUCUCCAAACAGUCCCCAAGAAAUUCAGUCUCAGCACAUUGAAAAGACUGAUCUCGAUUCCGAAGAAAUAUACACUCUUCCUGCACUAGAUCCAAAGUCGCCUUUAGAGCAGGACAAUUCCUAUACAAUCUCCUCUGCAGUUGAUCGUUGUUCUAUGGAAGAAACAAUUCUUUGUAGGCUUCAAGAGAUUAUUUCAAAGCUGGAUUUCAAAAUCAGACUUCGUAUCCGGGACAGCUUGUUUCGAUUGGCUCAAAGUGCAAUGCAAAGACAUUAUGCUAAUGAUACAAGCAGCUCCAACAAAUGUACCAGAGAUGAGCAUGCCAUCAGUGCAAAAGGAGAAAUCGAUAGUCAUUGUGGAAUGUCUGGGGUGCGGGACGCUGAAACAGAGACGAACCCCGUUGAUAGAACUGUGGCUCAUCUGCUGUUUCAUAGACAAUUUGAGUUGUUGCAAAACUAUCCUGAUGCACCCGAAUCUCCUAUUUCCACCAAGCUUUCUUAUGAGCAGCAGAAGGCAGGUUUGAAGAGCAUGCCAAUGGAAUUCAUACCUGACAGCGUGUCGGGCAAGCGUCAUAUUUCUCUGGAUGGGUCUAAAAGUUAUUCGGAUAACACGUCGAAUACUGGACUGGUAGAUGAUGCUGUUUUGGAGUAUGUAGCCUCCCACUGAGGAGAUGUGCAUGUUGUUAUGAAAAUAUCAUACGGGGGCUUCAAAACAUCAACCAACUCGUGGAUCUUGAAGUAUUGAAAUCUCGAAACGUACAUAAUGAAGUCGGAACAAUGAUUUGGAGUCCAACUUGUUUGUAUCUUAACAUGCACCAGCAGUAACUGAGUUGUGAUAGCACAUGUGAUGCUGUCUGUAGUGUUAUAAGCAUUUGAAUGCCUUAUUUUAGUCGGUCUUGGAUGAUUGAAACAUAACAUUAGAUCCUGUUAUUCAUCACUCCAUAUCAUUGGAGUUUCCCCAACUAAAGUAAAAUUUUGAUAUGCCUCAAAAA